AUGCUAUGUAAUUUUUCUAAGACAAUUAUUAAAGGAAUUUUCUCUCAUUCGUUUCAGAGUGAAACAACCAUAUCUCAAAGGAUUUGGAUCAUACAGUACUCGAUCGGACAGAUUUCACAAUUGUUUUUGUAUUGCUGGCAUAGCAAUGAAUUUGCUGCGAAGACCAGAGACCUAGAUAGAGGCGUUUACGAAAGCGAUUGGACGAAAGGAGAUGUAUUUCUUCGACGCCAAAUUCUGUUAUUAGCCGGGAAAUUGUCACAAACGUUAAUUUUGAACGCAGGUCCAUAUGCGUCAUUGUCCAUUCCUACGUUUAUAACUAUUAUGAAAGGAACGUACAGUUUCUACACAUUGUUCUCGCAAAUGCAAGACAGCGAGUAGUUUGAAGAACUUAAGCUAAUCUUUUAAAAUAAAAUAUAAAAUUUAAAGCACUAUGAAUUAACAAAAAUAUAAAAACCUUAGUUUCUUAUGGUCACAUUAAAU